CUGAGUCACUGCCCGCCCCGAGCCCCGCGGCGAGCGGAGCGGAGCGGCUCGGUGGGGAUCGCACGGCUCGGCUCGGCUCGGCUCGGAACGCAACAUGAGGGUGCAGAGAUCGUUGCGACUGCUGUUCGCCCUGACACUGGGGCUCUCGCUGCUGCUGCUCGUGUCCAGUGACUUCUGCGAUGUGAACCGCUGUCAGAAUGGGGGCACCUGCCUGACUGGGAUUAAUGAGGCCCCUUUCUUCUGCAUCUGCCCCGAGGGCUACGUUGGGAUUGACUGCAAUGAGACGGAGAAAGGCCCCUGCCACCCCAAUCCUUGCCACAACAAUGGCGAGUGCCAGCUGGUCCCAAACCGGGGGGACGUCUUCACCGACUACAUCUGCAAGUGCCCCGCGGGGUACGAUGGGGUGCACUGCCAGAUCAACAAGAACGAGUGCUCCUCCCAACCUUGCAAAAAUGGAGGCAGCUGCCUGGACCUGGAUGGUGACUACACCUGCAAGUGUCCUUCUCCAUUCUUGGGGAAGACCUGCCAUGUCCGCUGUGCUGUUCUCCUGGGCAUGGAAGGAGGAGCCAUCUCUGACGCCCAGCUGUCGGCAUCCUCUGUUUACUACGGCUUCCUUGGCCUCCAGCGCUGGGGGCCAGAGCUUGCCCGCCUCAACAACCACGGCAUUGUCAAUGCCUGGACCUCCAGCGACUAUGACAAGAGCCCCUGGAUCCAGGCCAACCUGCUGCGGAAGAUGCGGCUGACCGGGAUCAUCACGCAGGGCGCGCGCCGAGUGGGGCAGCAGGAGUUCGUCCGCGCCUACAAAGUCGCCUACAGCCUGGACGGGCGUGAGUUCACCUUCUUCAAGGACGAGAAGCUGGAUGUAGACAAGGUUUUUGAGGGGAACAUGGACUACGGCACCAUGCAGACCAACAUGUUCAACCCUCCCAUCACGGCCCAGUUCAUCCGCAUCUACCCCGUGAUGUGCCGCCGCGCCUGCACGCUGCGCUUUGAGCUCAUCGGCUGUGAGAUGAACGUGUAUUUCAACACGGCAGGUUGCUCGGAGCCUCUGGGCAUGAAAUCCCGCCUGAUCUCCGACCAGCAGAUCACAGCCUCCAGCGUCUUCAAGACCUGGGGCAUUGAUGCCUUUACCUGGCACCCCCAUUACGCUCGUCUGGACAUGACGGGCAAAACCAACGCCUGGACCGCGCUGAACAACGGCCAGUCCGAGUGGCUGCAGAUCGACCUCCGGGACCAGAAGAAGGUGACAGGAAUCAUCACACAAGGAGCCCGUGACUUUGGGCACAUCCAGUAUGUGGCAGCCUACAAGGUGGCCUACAGUGACAAUGGCACGUCCUGGACCCUGUACCGGGAUGGCCAGACAAACAGCACCAAGAUCUUCUACGGCAACACUGACAACUACUCACACAAGAAGAACGUGUUCGACGUGCCCUUCUACACCCGCUUCGUCCGCAUCCUGCCCGUGGCCUGGCACAACCGCAUCACCCUGCGCAUGGAGCUGCUGGGCUGCGAUGAGUAGGCGCGUGGGGAGGAAGGACGGGGCUGCUCUUCCCCGCCGCCCAGCCUGCGCCCUGCCUGCCCCUGCCCGCUCCUGCUCUGACCUCACACCCCCUCUCCAUGUCCCCACACUCGGGAGGCGGCCGAGAGGGCUCCCCUGCCCCGCGUUGGUGCUGGGGCUGCAGCACUGCACUUUACGGGGCCCUUGCAGGUGGGAUGUGGGGACGGCUCCUGCCCUUUUGCCGCGCCAGCCAGGGCUGAGACCCACCCCUGCAACUGGGACUUGGCUGGGGGAUCCUCUCCUGCAAUUGGGGCUUCCUUGAGGGACCCCAUCCUGCAAAUGGGGCUUUGCUGGGGGACCCUGUCUUGCAGUCAGGGCUUGGCUGUAUGCUCCCAGCUAAAGCUGGGGACAAAUUUUCUCCCCCUUCUUGCUUCUGCUUCCAGCAGAGAGUCUGCAGUCAGUGGCAGUCCCUUGCCUGCACCUUCUCGAGGCUCAGCAGUUUCCAGGGGCUUAGGGCAGGCACCCUGGGCUUGCAGCCUCCGCUGUCCCUCCUGCUCCCUGCACGUCUGCAAGCAGGGGCUCUGAAAAUCCUGUGAAAAAAUUCAGCUGUUGUACCCUGCCCAUUUUGCCAGGCCCUGGAUAUCCUUGCCUGUGGUGUCAGCACCGCACAGUGUGAGGGGAGUGAUGAGAUGGCUCCUGUCAAGAGGCAUGGGGUCCCCAUUGCUGGUGGCUCUACCCACUGGAUACUCCAGAAGGUGCCAUGGCUGGCAUUUUGGCAGGCAUUCCCCUUCCUGGGGUGCCAGCUCCUGUGUCCUCCCAAGUCUCAGCAUUGCUGUCAAUCCCAGCUCACUGCAGUUUGCCGUGUCUGGAGGUCCAUUGUCCCCAGAGCUGAGUGGUGGCCAGGGGGACUGCAAUCUGGUAAUGGAGAGUGAUGGUUUUGUAGCCACAAGGACAUGGAAAAAAGAUGGGAAAGGUGGUAGUUAAACCACCCAAAUGCAGCAGGUAGAGAGCUGUGCCAUGACCCUUUCUGUAACCUGAUUUUUUUUUUUCCCUUUUUGUGGGGUGGAGAGGAGCCUCUUGCAACGCUCUCAGGAUUAGCAGUAGGAGAUGAGCGAGACCUGGUACCAGCAGGUGGGAGCACGGGCGGGCAGUCCCGGGCUGGCAGCAUUGCUUCCCCUGCCUGCUGGGAUGUGAAGCGGCCGUGGGGCCGUGGGUUCACUUUGGCAAGGGCCAAGGAAGCCUGGGUGGGAUGGUGGCGGCAGCCCCGCUUCGGGGUGUCUCUGACAGUAUUAAAACCAGCUGAAACUUUA